UAUUUUUGUGAGUAUUUUGUCGUAGGUCAGUCACAAAAUACAUAAUUAAUAUUAUCUUCACUCACAAGCAAGGAGUUAGGAAAGUUCAUCUUGGAGCAUGCUUGGAUAGAAGUCGAUCAAAAAAUUAUAAAUUGUAAUUAUUCAUCAAAUAAAUUCACCAAAAAUGCUGAAUUUCAUAUGCCGUCAAAACUCACCGAAACAAUGGUCAAGUAUAAUUCGAUCAGUCAGUCAAAAUGUUCAGAAACCAAAAACAGCUAUAGUCAUGCUAAACAUGGGUGGACCAAAGACCACAGACCAGGUGGCAGACUACCUCCUGCGUAUAAUGACAGAUCGGGACAUGAUCCAGCUGCCUGUCCAGAGCAAGCUGGGGCCCUGGAUAGCCAGCAGGCGUACCGAGGAGGUGAAGAAGAAGUACUCUGAGAUUGGUGGAGGCUCACCCAUUUACAAGUGGACUGAUCUCCAAGGAACGCUCCUAACUAAAGCCCUGGACCAAAUGUUGCCAGAAUCCGCCCCGCACAAACACUACAUAGCUUUCAGAUAUGUACCACCUUUCACUGACGAGGCUUUGACGGAAUUAGAGAAGGAUGGUGUGGAAAGAGCAGUAAUAUUUUCUCAGUACCCGCAAUACAGUUGUGCGACAGCGGGCUCCAGUCUGAACGCUAUUGCAGAUUUCUAUAAGAAUAGGCAGCUCCCAAACAUAAGGUUCAGUCUAAUAGAGAGGUGGGCGACCAACAGUCUCUUAGCCCAAGUCUUCGCGGAGCGGAUCAAGGAAAAGUUGGUGCUGUUUGACAGAAAGAUACGAGACCAAGUGCUUAUUAUGUUUACAGCUCACAGCUUGCCUUUGAAGGCAGUGUCACGGGGCGAUACAUACCCGCACGAGGUGGCCGCGUCCGUGGCGGCCACUAUGGGCCACCUUUCAGUGCCCAACCCUCACCGGUUGGUGUGGCAGAGCAAAGUGGGCCCCUUACCCUGGCUGCAGCCCUAUACCGACGACGCUAUUAAGGCAUAUGCGAAGCAAGGUAUCAAACACAUGAUUCUGGUGCCGAUAGCGUUCGUGAACGAACACAUUGAGACCUUGCACGAACUGGACAUAGAGUACUGCGAUGAAGUAGCCAAAGAGGCUGGGGUAACACAAAUCGAAAGGGCGGCGGCGCCAAACGACCACCCCACCUUCAUAGCAGCGAUGGCGGAUGUGGUGUCUAAACACCUUACCGUUGGACCCAGUGUGAGCAGGCAAUAUCUGUCGAGGUGUCCACACUGCGUGAGUGAGAGGUGUAAAUCUUCCAAAGAGUUCUACAGAAAGUUAUGUAACUUCACAGAAUCCGAUGUAGAUGUAUGAGAUCUGAUUAGACAAAAUAAUAAAUAAAUAUCAAAUACAUGUAAUGCAUACAUUUUGAGAUCACACUCCAAUUUAGCUCCGGCUCACUCCUAUUGUUACCCCUCCAUAAAAACAUCUGAGAUGGCUGAUCUUCAGACCACACCUUAAUCUGUAAGAACAUCUCUUGAAUGUCGGCCGUUACUGC